ACCGAUUACAAGAGCUGCCCUCAGCGAACAGCCAUAGCGACAUUUCUCCCAUUACUAUUCCAACAGAUAACGCUCAAGGACGCAUCGUUCGCAGUAAAAUGUCCCUAACACGCGAUGCAGAGACUGGCAGAAGCAACAAUACUCACAAGUAUAGUUUGAGACAUAGCGCGAAGGCUAAUUCGGCAUCGUCAAAACAGAAGAUCAACGCAUCGUGUGUGAAAAACAAAACUGACUUUCUUCUAUCUUUGGGGCUCAAUGCUAACGCGAUUCCUUCUUCUUCUCUUCAUAAAACCCAUAGCGACCAAUGUAAAAAUAAUCUUAUGGAGUGUAGUGUUGUUAUUGAAACCGUGAAAUGCAUAAUUUGUGAAUUAUACUUCAAAUGCAGAACUGACCUGAUUGAUCACUGGAAAAUGAAAAAGUGCAACAUGACGUACAUGAGGCAGUGCAGGGUCCUCAUAUUCGGUACGAAAUGCAAAGUCUGUGGCAGAAGUUUCAAAUGCAUUACGGACGUGAAACGCCAUACGAAGGCAAAGCACCUCUUUAAGAAGAAAUCUAAGGCUACGGUGAUAAUAAAGAUUGGCGACGAGGUUAUGUCAAAAGUUUGCGUCAGGAAGAAACACUUGAAGACUCAUAAUAUUAACAGUGGAAUGUUGCCGUUGCAUUGGAAAUCGGAAACAAGCCGGGAUGUCAAAAUAGCUGAAGAUGAAGCACUAAAUUCAUAUUUUCGAGAUUAUUACGUGUCUCAGAAAGAAGCCGGUAGUAAUGGCGGCACAUGUGGUAACGCGAAGUCCGAGCUUGACGAUCAAACGACGUAUUGUGAAAGUACGUACAACGCCCAUGCGGGGGCAUGUGAUAAUUCAUGUAUAAAAGAAGAAAAAAGUGAUUUCGCAUUCUCAAGUAAUAAAAACAUAUUAGUGAAAUAUGAAGAUAAUAAUAAUAAUUCGAUUUUUACCUUCGACGAAAAUGUAAGAUCUCAUUGUGAUAGCGAAGACGUCGGUGAGGACAAGUUUAAUUAUUCAGUUGAAAAUGACUUGCCAUUGCCGAACGAUGGCAUGUUAAUUUCAGAAUUUCAUAAAAUGUCCGAUGUCGCGGAAAGUGAUCAAAAUCGUUUCGAGACGGGAUAUGAAGAAAAUCUUGAAGAAAUUCGUGACGCUCAUACAGUGCCUUGUAUGUACAAUGACAUUUUAAUGAUGGAUGACGAAGUACUUCUUCUUGAAGAUUUUGAAAAUAUGGAGAGAGCUAAAAACGAAUUUUUGAAAAAGGAUUCUACGAUCGAAAGUAAACGUAGAAUGUUAUUGAACGAUGUGACUUCAAGUUUAUACGAUGCAGAACAGUUCGAUGAUGAAGAGGUGGUGGAGCUGGUUCGUAUAUUUAAUCCAACUACAAAAUGUGGCGAAAAGGAAAUCAAUGAGGUGUCUCCGACAAGACGCGAGAGAGAACUAUUGAUGCGCUACAACAUACCCGAUACAUUAGAUUCAUACGAGGACUGCGUACGUUUAUAAAAUGAGAGUGUUAAGACGCAAGUUAAAUAUUAAAAUUUAAUUAUCAAUUCUGCACUCAAGAAGGAUAUCAUAUUAGAUAAAUCCUUUGGUCAUACGAUUAAAAAUCUCAUCGGUACGUAUGAUUACUAGUCAUGACGAAAAACUUCACUCUAAAUCAUGUUAUACAUUUCCUUUGUCUCGCUUUUAAUGAUUACUAUCGAUUUUAGUUAUUUUCUUAUCUACUGGCAAUUACUUUUUCUUUUAUUCUUUUCCCUAUAUCGUUAUACAAAUCUUUAUCGUUGUUGUUUCAAUCUCAGAGAUGCAUAUGCCACAAAAUAUUUUAGAAUUAAUGCCAAAUAUUAAUUCGUAUUGAAAAAGCUACGGUCGAAUAGUUUGAUAAAGCUUUUUAUCAAUUGCGCAAGUACUAUGUACAUAAACACUUAUUAAUAUUAAUGUAAUACUUAAUUCUUAUAGAGGUUAAGUUUCAUUGUAAUAUUAUGGACGAUCCCUGUACAUAUUAUUGUAUAUAUUCAUUUAUAACUAAUUGGUAAAAACGCUUUAUUUUA